AUGAAGCUCGCUGGUGCUCUUGUGCUCCUCGGGGCUGUCCUGCUCCUGACUUCAGGGGGAGAUUGUGGCAUUUGCCCAGUUAUAAAAGAAGAUGUUCAUCUAUUUCUUUUCGGGACCCCAGAAGAGUAUACUAACUACGUGAAAACUUACAAAGAUGACCCUAUCUUUGUGGAAAAUACUGAGAAACUCAAGAAAUGUGUUGAUAGCAACUUGACAGAGGAAGACAAGACACAUGCAGCAGACUUCAUCACAACAAAUAUAAAACUCCCUAUCUCCAACGCUGUCAUGAGGUUUCUCAACCAUCACAGUGAACAGAAGUUCAGCAUUGAAUUUGGUGUGGGAUGUGGCCAGAACCAGAACUCUGUUUAUCCUAAUAUCAACUACCCAGUUCUGAACCCAGUUACAUCCCCACAGGAUAGAAUAUGGAGAGGGCCCCAGGGUGCUAUAGUUUUAGGGCCUGUCCUGUAG